AUGCGUCAAAUCAUCACCGUCCGUCUCGUCGCCUCCGCUUCAAGCCUCCUCCAUCCCUCGAUCGCAACUGCUCGCUACCCUCCUCUCCCGGCCUCACCCGCGCUCCUCCAGCCGCGGCCGCUGCCGCUGCUGCGCUGCCACGCGCCCUCCCAGUACAAAUCCCAGCUCCGCUUCCUCUCCUCCCUCUCCUCCUCAUCCGUGCCCACCAGCUCAGAUGCUCCCAGCGACGGCGGGGGCGGCCGCGACGGGGAAGAGGAUGGCGCGAAGAGCGGCGACCACGUCGAUUACUUGGGGAUGAGCAACGAGGAGCUCAUGGAGCAGUGCGAUAUGGGCACGUUCAAGGCGUCCGGCCCCGGCGGCCAGCACCGCAACAAGCGCGAGUCCGCCGUCCGGCUGAAACACCUUCCUACCGGCAUCAUCGCACAGGUCAGUAGCCUUGCUGAAUUAGCUUAA